CUGUUUUUCACAAUUUAAAUUAUUUCAUAAAAAUGGGAGCUCAUAACUCUACACCUCAAACUGUGCGCAUAGAAAAUCCCCAACGAGGUCUAUCAUUACAAGUUACUCCAUCAGUAGUCUCCCGAUUGGUGGGCGUUGAAGACCAGAAGCAGAAGAAAUUAGAUGAUACCAUGGAAAGCCAAGAGGAAAAUCAAAAAGCCCAUUUGAAAUAUGGAUCCGUUCAAGAAGUGCCACACAAUUGGACACAGGCUCAAGAUGUUUUUCUAAAGAAAUACAAUGAAUUAGAAGAAUACCAAUUCGACAAAUCAGUCGAGCGAGUUGAAACGAUGAUUGGGAAACCGUUGGCAUGGGUAGAAGAUGUUAAUGAAACUAUUACAAGGAUGAGGGAAGAAUUAAUAAAAUGUUAUCGAGAUAAUCCGAAACAGUCGUUAUGCUGCGCAAAUAUAGCAAAAAAAUAUCAAGAUUUCAUUUUUCAAGAACAAUUUAAUACUAUUUUAAAAUCAAAUGAGAUAAAUAUUAAAUAAAUUGUAAAAUAAAGCUAUGUAUACACGGUUGAUAGAUUGUACAACGCAGUGUACACUUAAUAAGGUAGCCUCGUCGCUACAACAAAUACAACAAUACAAAAACAACAGGCGAUUUGUUAUUGUGAAAUAAUCCAAUCUGUCAAAAUAAACUGCAUGCGGAGAAUGAAAAAGCAACAAAUAAACAUAAUAAAAAUACGAGUUUUUAGCAAAUAUUUUAAAUUUUAACUAUUAAUAUUAAUAUAUUAAAUUAAUUAAACGUGGAAUGCCUGAAAAUCAUAACUAUAACUAUUGGGAGGACAAAUUUUGCGAAUAGAACGUGCUUUUUGUGAAA